AACAGCAAUGCAGUGAUAGGAGGAGUUGGCAAAAAGUGUGGUUCGUGUUCUCUUCUUUCAAAGACUCGCACUGACGCCUAAGUGACCACGACACGAUCUUGGCGAAAUCCUAGGGAAGCCGUGAACAUCGUGGCUCAAUGGCUUGAAAUCUAAGUGUUAUCGACUACGAGUGUAUCAGAGUAUUCUAAAUCUAGACUGUGAUUAGUUCCUCUACCUGGAACUCGAACUGGAAGUGUGUUUUUGAGCAAGUUCUUGACAAUUUCAAAAACCAUUUGAGUAGUCAAGGGCCACUGACAGACCGAAACAGAUUGCAAAAAAACAACAACGAGGGUUAUCAGUGCCCUGGACCAACUUUAGAACCAGCUCCGGCCAGCCUAAUCAUGGGGAAGAAGGACUCUGCCCAACGGACCAAAGGCAACACCAAGCCAUCCUCAAGUGCUCGAAGUGCCGAGCUUUUGGGUUCGGCUGGGGGUGGGUUCAUCGGAUUUGGCCAAGUUCCCUUGAAAGACCCCACGGCCUUGACCCCACCUGCUUCAGCUGAAGGAAGCAUUACACCCAUUGCCUCCCUUCUGAGCGGCAUUGACUUGGAGGGAGCGUCCAUCCCCCCUGAGGCGAAAGUGGCCCUCAAAAGAAUGAGCAAGAGGGACGUGACCACCAAAAUCAAGGGUCUGCAAGAGUUUAAUAAGCUCAUUGUCAACUUCUCGGAAACUGAGGUGCGGGAGCUUCUGCCAUUUUGGACACGAACCUAUUCCAAAGUUUCCACCGAGCACGAUCGACGUGUUCGAGAGGCCGCCCAAAUCGCUCACAGAGCAGUGGCGAGCAUAGCAGGCCGGAACUUGGCACCUCAUCUCAAAUCCCUCAUGCCAACGUGGUUCUUAUGUCAAAUGGAACCCCAUGCUCCGGUGGCGAGUCAAGCCCAGAUCGCCUUUCACGAAGCCUUUCCUGUGAACAAGCGGAAAAGUGUGCUAAUCUUUUGUCAGAAGGAAAUUCUCACACUAAUUGAAGACAACCUUUUGAACCAAACUCCGCAGACGCUGAGCGAUCCCAAGACCUCUUCCAAGGAAGAGAUGGACUCGAAAUACGAGCGAACCUUAAGCAUGUCUCUGCUGGCCUUCGCCAACUUCUUGUCCAUCUUUCAACCUUCCGCCGAGGAGAAAAACGAGCCAAACCCAGAGGAAAAAAACGAGCAUGACAAGGAAAUGGUCCAAUUUUACAUCACUUUGCUGGAGAGUGGAAAGUUCUGGAAAUUUGCCAACCACAAAUCUUCUAGUAUACGGUCAAGUUGGUUCCGAGUGUUAUCCAGCCUUUGUCCGAAUUUGGAGCGGGUGUCCACGAGAUCAUCAUCAGCCCUUCCAUUCCCAGAGGAUAGGCAGAAAACAAACGAACAAGGCCUAGGAACGAAGAUCAAAACGUUCCUCACGAAAUUGGCCCAGGCUGCAUUUACUCAUUUGGACGAACCCGAUGUUCUGGUAUCAAGUGCCAUUUGGGAUGGAGUAUUGACUCUCACGUCCACCUGUCAGGAUUGGUACACGUAUUUGAGUUUGGAUAAGUGUGUGAUCCCGAAACUUCAUCGUGUUCUCGCCAGUGGUUGUAGUGGCAAUGGCACACUGAUCUACCCGAAGAUCUUGCCACUUUUGAAUCAAUUUCCGAAUGAGCUCUUCAGUCAGGGUCCCAAGGCUCAAAUCGUGUUUGAGGCCCUCUUCAACAACUUUAAAGCGGGAAUCUUGAAAAAAGUGCCUCAUCAUAUUUCUGAUGCUUCAAUGGGCGAGGAAAACACGAUAAUGCGAGAAUCGGCAUCAUCUUCUGAGCUUGAACCACCUAAACGUCAAGGCGUGCUGAAUCUGGGAGUUCAGUACAAACAUGGCAUAGCGGCCUACUUUGAGUGCAUGCGAUACGUUUUGGCGAAAACAGGGAAGCGGGAUCGAAAUCUUUGCCAAAAUCUGACAACUCAUAUGCUUUUGAUGCUUUGUGGAUGAAUCUGAGCGACAUCACUUUGAAGCUCAGUAGUUGUGGUCAGCAGGGUAACGGCUCCUCGAAGGACAGUGAGGAUUCGCCGUCCCAUUUGCUUGGCUGCCUCGGCCUUCUGAUGGCCAAGAUAAAUCCAAGCGAAAUCUUUUCCAUCAUUCCCGCAAAGUCGUCAGGACGCUCGGGUCCCAAACGAGCCAAAGGGGGAAUCAAAUUUCAAUUCCAAGACGACAACAACGACGGCGACGACAACAACGACGGCGACGACGACCACGACAACCUCCGCGAGAACAAGGUUCAUUUCGAGGACGGGGCAAACGAGAAGAAUGCGAAGAAGAAGAAGAAAGAUCUGAUCGACCGGAACAUGUCAGGCGGUGGGAAACUGGACAACACCACUCGUCAAGUUCCGGAACGACUGGUCGAAUUUCAAGAGAAAUGGCUCUCUCUGACCACGCAGUUGGCUGUCCAAGCCUUUGUCUCGUACGAGGAGGAUCCCGAGAAUCAUCGAUCUCAGCUCUACUUCUUCAAUCAACUCCUGCAGAAAUGUGGCCAGAAAUCGGGCUUUUACCAGAAUCUCGCCACGAAUCUCCCACAAAAGGAGCUUCUAAAAAUAGAACAAACCUCCGGGAUCGAUGAAGAGAUUCAGGCGGCCUCUGCUGUUAUGGAUGAGAUUAUUUUCAAGCGAUUGGCAUCCAUGUCCAAAUCAAGUCAGUCCAAGAUGGAGAUUUCCAAAUUGGCUCUGUCGAUUUACCAACAGCGACUGGUCACAUCCAAACCGCUGAGCGGGCGAUUCUUCCAUCAAGUUCUGUCCCUCGACUCUCAUGAGUGGAAAAAUGCCUUCCUUGUUCAACUUGGACCCUUGAAAUCCACCGAUGACAACGUUCGUCAGUGGCUGGCCAGUCCCCAAUACGGGGAUAUGAUUCAAAGCGAGGCCAACCUCCUGUUCCAACAGUCCAAGAUCCAAGAAACCGACGACUAUGAGGCCCUAUGGGUCCUGCUCAAAACCUUGUUUCGACACAGCGACUUUAUCUCAGAGGCUCAAUUGACUGUCAUCCUUCAGAGCUUUAGUAAGGGUGUCCAAAAACUCGCCAGCGAAUGUCAACUCCAAAGUAAUGGAAAAGAGCAAGCUCUCCAUCUCAUUUGCGAUCUGUUGGUUCUUCUGCAAAGUUCCAACCGUCUCUGUUGGCAUGUCCACGAAUCCAGGAACGUACUUUUGGGCUUGAUUGCUGUCGAUUGUAGCAAUUUUCUUGUCAGUCCUGAAGCGUCAGGUCCAUUGCGACGGAAAAUUCGCCAUGUCUGGACACACGGUUGUCGGACCAUUUUGCGUCAACUCACUCCAAAUCUGGAAAUGGAAAUGAAAGGCUUAAAUCCCGAGGAGAGCACCCGUGAUAUCUCUCACUUCUGCUCUGCUGUGGCUCAAGUCAUGAGAACUCAUCUGUCGUCCAUGGUCCAAGGAAAGAAGUGGCCCGUUUUGGAGACCGGCAUCAUGUCCGUUAGCAAGGAAUUCUUGGGACUUUUGCGAGAACGAAAGCAAGGCGACGACGACGACGACGACGAACUGGCGGAGACAACUUUCAAUAGGAAAUUGCAGCAAAAGACUCUGUCCCAGAUGUUACCCGACACCUCAGAAUGGAUGGCAAUGUGGAAAUCGUGUGAAACACUAGCUUUUCCCCAUUUCAUUGAGGCGCUAUCGCCUGGACGCGAUUUGGUUGUGCUGGACCCUGGCUUGCAUGAACUAACCAUCAAUGCGGGGUCAACGAGCUGUGAUGAUCUAUUGCGAUCGAUGGUGACCGAGGCAAUGUUUUUUGAUCUCAUCGUGACAGAGGUCGUAGGCAAUCCUAACCAGGAGCACUUUAAAGACGGGAAAAGUCGUGAUCAAGAUUGGAGGACAAGUCCAGAUUUUGGUCAGAUGGACGAUUUGGUGGAACCCUUUUGCCAACAUCUUCAUUCGGUUUCUUUUAUUGGACAUAUUUUACUGCGCGCAGGACAUCUUGACCUCGUCUGUCCGAAGAACACUCCCGAGCGGAAACACGUGCAAAAAAUGUGCUCCGAGGACCGGAUCCAAGUUUUUGUCCGCAGUCUUUCGCAAGAAUGCGUCCAGGCCGUGAUUUCUCGACUACUCGAUAAAUCAUUGGAAUGCGGCCAAGGAUGGACGCUGACGUUCAAGGAUUUCGCCAGUCAUCUAUUGAGUGGACCCCAAAGGGACCAAUGGGACUUGAACUUGACGAAAAUGAUGGCGAGAACAAGCAUGAGUACUAGUCCUGCACAAACUGAGCCCCGUAUCCAAACCACACAAGUUCUCCUCGCCUUAACCAAGCUGCAAAACGAAAAAUCCUCCCCUGGAGACAACGACCUCUCAUCAGACUUGGCCAUCAACACCUUCCAAAAUGAAUUGGGUUACCUCAUGAGCAUGGAAGCCACGACCAACCAUGAUUCAACAACCUCAAUGAGCCACGGUAAAACGUUGCCAGUUGAGAUGUACGCCUCUCUGGCUCUGCUCAGUACCUCCGUUCAUACCUUGGCCAGAGGAGAAUCCCCUCAUUUGGAACCCAAGCAACCACAAACAAGCCAGAAUACAGGCACAUCGACGAUAGCGAUGAGCUCCAUGAAGAAAAGCCAAUCCUCCCAAGGGUUUAAAGCGGAUGAACAGAGCCUGGUGACAAGCUUCCUAGAUUGGAUGGAGAGGCUUAAGCAGAAACACGAGGAGAAACUCUUAUUUGCUCGUGCUAUGAGUGAAAACGAGGAUUGGGCUUCGGUGUUAUUGGUGCGCUUAUUGUGCAAUGUAUUGAGUGGCGUGAUCCUUUUGGCCCGCCAUCGAGCUGAUACGACCGAAGCUGAAGACGUUCGCCCAGAUUCAGACCCGUUGAGCCGAUUGGAACUGAAGGAAUCCCAUUGGGAUAUGAUUUUGUGCUCCCUUAGCUCUUGGAUCCAAUCCAUUGACGAGAGUCGUAAACAAGCCAAUUACACGGACAACAUGCUUCUCACGGGGUUUGCUUCGGAUGUGGUGGACUUGGUGGCCAUUGUGGCGGAGAUAUUUGCCCAUCCUGGCCAAUCGGGUUUGCUCGUUCCAGAUCACUCGAAAGAAGAAUGGGCGCACUUCUUCGGCGAGGGAAUCUAUUCCGUGGUAUUUGCCAUGUUCAUGCAAAUGACCCAGGACCUCUCGGGAAAAGAUCGUUCUCAACACCUAAUCACAAGACUCUCUGAGGCUCUUUUACAAAUGCCGGAUGAGCAAUUAUUCGGCCAUCAUCUGGAGCCAUUGUUCUUGGUGGAUGAUGUGGACUCGGACGGUGUCUUUCCGGAUCACCUCGUAUUCUUGUUGAACCAUUUAAGUCCAUUAAUCACAUCGGACAUUCGCCCCCUGCAAGUGACAUCGUUUCAUCUGCUAGGAAGGACAAUCGAUAAAUUGAUUGUAGAAGAGGAAAAAAUCGAAGAAAAAUCCCAAAGUUCCGCCACAGAAAGCGAUGGUUGUCGUGAGUUUCCACGUCGGUUCGCUGAGUUGCUCGCUCGAACCCAGCCCGUGGUUAUGAGUUUGUUCCAGGAGUUUGAUUUUGGGGACCCCAUAAUCCUGCCCGAGGACACGACAGCUCACACUUACACUUUGGCCUACGUGCUCACCUGGAGGCUUAUUCUUAGACUCACCAGUCAAGCUUCAGUGGAGUUGCGGCCCAAGUACUCAGAAACCAUGAGGCGUGAAGAGCACAUGGAUAUUCUAAUCCCCACCUUGUUCCAUCUCAUGCAAAUCCCAAAUUUGGACCUAAGGGAAGAUGGAAAGUACUUCCGAGGCGAAGCCUUGCUCCCCCCUCAAAUGGGACCGGCCUUGGGCAACUAUUGCCAACCGGAUUCGCGUCUAAUGUGUCCCAAGUCGAGGCAACACCAUGAUGGUGAUGAGUUACAGGGCAUGGCAUGCAAGACCUAUCGUGACCUUCUUCGACAAUUACCCGCUUUGAUUCGCAAUUGGUGGAUUAACACGGAGAAGAAGAAUGCAGACCUCGUGGAGAGAGUGACUGUACGCCAUGUCACGCCCAUUAUUUGGGAGGAGCAAGUCCAAAUCAUCAACGAAUCCAGGACCAACUUUGACAAUAUGACGAUCAAGGUGCGACCUUCGGUUCGCGAAGUAGUGGCUGUGUACACAGUGGACGACGGCAGUAUUGAAUUGGUGGUCAUUCUACCCACAAACUUUCCGUUGGGUCCCGUCAAGGUGGAAAGUGGGAAAUGGGUCGGGGUGGGAUCCUCUCAAUGGAGGACCUGGAUGCUUCAACUCACCAACUUCCUACAGAACCAAGACGGCUCCAUUCUGGACAGUUUGAACGUUUGGAAGAAGAACGUGGACAAGCGUUUCGAGGGCGUGGAGGAGUGUUACAUCUGCUUCUACGUCCUCCAUGGGACCAACCACAAAUUGCCCAAGUUGGCGUGUCGAGCUUGUAAGAAGAAGUUCCACUCGGCGUGUCUGUACAAGUGGUUUUCCACCAGUAACAACUCCACCUGUCCCUUAUGCCGCAGCCUUUUCUGAAGGGAAGGCCCACCACCACCAGGACCGUCUAUGUGUGUUGGCGUGUGUUUAGGCCUCGGGCGCGGGCGGGGAGGAAAUGUGGUGUGUUAGCACAGUGAUUUCAUAUGGAAGAAUGAAAAUAAAGCGCCACUUGUCUCUUGUA